AUGAUUUUAUAUCGACCGGGAGUCGUCCGUGUCUACUAUACAGGGAUACCUUUUCAACUUCAAACAUUGGAGCAGGAGCUGAGCACCAUGAAUUUAUCCUUGUCUAUGUUCAAGCUUCCGCUCGCGAUCUUAUUGCUGCUGUCAAACUUGAAACUGUGUCUGGCAAGUCCGCGAGAGGCAAUUCACGAUCCGCGUUAUAUCAGCACAGCAUUCGCGAAUUGCGCGUAUGCUCAUGCUGAAUUUUCACGCACAAGCACGACCGCAACUGAGCUUACCACCAGCUUAGUUGCAAACGACACGACUACCACCAGGAGAACUCGAAGCGCAAAGACGUUCUCGACAACAACAACUGCAAGUGAGAGCGGGUCGACUUCAGUUUCAGACGAACACGGCUCCUGGGGUGACUGGGGCAGCUCUCCUCAGACCGCGAACAGCCAUGUCUCAGGCGAAGAUCUGCCCUCUCCUAAAACGAGUGGGGGCAGAUCCCAUCAAGUCGGCACCUCAGACGCCUCUGGUACGAACGACAGCAGUUCUGGUGAUGCUUCUCCACAACAAGGUGGUCACGCAGCGACUCAUGAGAAAGGGAGCUCUUGGGGAUUCUAUAGAAACUCUACGACAAGAGAUAAUACCACAAGCAACGACAGCUGGUUUGGCGAGAACGACGGUGUUCCUGCUCUGACGGAAGAAGACAUCCUCUUCAUCAUAUCUGAACGCGCUCUGGCUUACGCUGGCUUCCCAGACUCGGACGGUUCUACAUGGCCGUUGAAUGAUUCCGUGGUGAUAAAAAGACAGACCACAAACGGCACCAACGCUGAUUACUUUGGUGGGGAGAACACUCUAGAGAAGUGGAAACGUCUGGAAAUGGAUAGCUGGCUGGAGAAGUACGUUGCUGACGUCGAUAUCCCCGGGCAGCCGGGGAAGAAGCUCGCCAACAGCACUAACUUCUUCCAUGACUUUUGGUUGUCAACGGGCGAGGAGAACGUUGUCGUGUGUGACAGCCUUUUAGAGUCCUGCAACGUGGCCGGUGUCUCGGACGAUACGCGUUUCAGUUAUAUCAACCGUACCGAUGCUUACCGCGCUCAGUAUGUGCGUCAGGUUAUCAAAGUAUGGCAAUCAUCGAACAAACAGGCAUAUGACAUCUUCUCAAGAGCGGUGUCUGACUCCCAGCUCAACAUCCUGGCGGCGCACACCGUGCUAGUACAAGGCACCCCUCCACCACAAACAAAUAUCUUCGAAGUACUUGUGCCAGCCCUCGCACUCGUCGCGGCAUUUGUGCCGGUGUUGGCACCAGUAGCAGGAGUUAUGGCUGGUGUCUACGCCUUUGCACAGGCAGUCACAAAGCGCGAGGAUACCAUGGAAGGCGUGGUGUGGGCCAAAUCACAGCUGAACCAUACCGAUUAUUUUGAGACUCUUCAGGUACGACAGGAUGGUCAGCAGACAACCGACACGAUCAACGAUCUCCUACAGCGUGUCGCCAAGUUGGAAGUGCCACCGAAAACGUGGCUCGACCAAGCAAAUAACUUGGCCACUGUGGUUAGCAAGGCCGGUGACGCGGCAGCGAAAACGUACAUUGCCUUUAAGGGCUUGAACCCACAGCUUCCCGCAUCUAGCAUCUCCUCUUGGGAUGUGUUCGACUCGCGUGUCCUACAGACUCUACAAUUAUUCCCCAAAAGCAUACUCACCUCCUUCGAACAAAACAUCAAAACCUACUGGGCGCAGCAGACCACCAAUGCCGCUGGAACUACAAUUCUUUCCAGUGGAAUGAGACCUUUCCUCCUGGGUGGCAGGUGGUCUUUGGCAUCCGCCAACAAAGAGAACGUUUCCGAUUCUGCGACUAAAGUGAAGAAGUACCUGGAUGCCGUCAUCUUUAUGCAAUACGUCCAACAGCAAGCGUUCUACUACUGGAUCCAAGACUUUCCUACCUCAUCAGCUUGUACCAAAGCACGACAGGAUGCUAUCAGCGACGGAUGGCUCGCCAGUAACGGCUGGUAUAACUGCAAGAGGCUUGAUAGCGGGCAGUAUCAGCUACAGUACACCCGGAAGCCUACAACAGCCCGCGGCUUCGCGGACGUCUCGCAAAACGGCAGAUACUACCCCGGUGGCGACGUCGUGGCGCUUGAGCAUAUCCCCAAUUCAGAUCGGGGUUGCUAUGUACAGGAGCGCUCCGGUAGCAUUCUUCGACGAACCGGUUUCGAUCAAGUUACGGCGGGCCUGAACAAGUGGAACGAUGGCGUCCUCUCUACGCUAGGUUACGGCUUUAAGCUCGACGAAGUCUUCGCCGCCUCGCAAUCAUGUCAGACCGCCAUGGGGGAUCCCUUCAUUCCAAACAAGGCCCCGCGGAACGCAUUCUAUCCGCCCAUGCGCCUAAAGGAUAACACCCAGGGCGGGGGCGAAAGCGAGAUUCUCAGCGGCACGCUGCCCCCCUGUCUCUUCAAUCUGCCUAUUUUCGAAGUCGGCCGUUCCGACCUCAACAACUGGUGCAAGAAUCACAUGGGCGAGAUGAGGGGCAGCCCUGGAUGGUACCAAGGUAACGAAGCUUGUGGCGACGAGCUCGAGUGGUGGGCCAUACAGUCCGACACCAAGCUAUGUGGCUCCAACCAAGGGGACUAUGCCCCGACGCGCGACUCCCGGCCUGGCUGUUCGCUGCAUGAGCGUGGUGUCGUCUCGGUGUCUUGCCCGAGAUGGAGCGACAACUAA